AUUACCUAUUUUAGCCUUUGGUAUUUCAACAAGCAGAACCAGCGCAGGUGGAUAGAUUUGGAUAAGCCUCUCAAAAAACAACUGGAUAAAUAUGCAUUGGAGCCAACUGUGUUCUUUGGUGUGGUGUUUUAUGUGCCUUCUGUCUCUCAACUUCAGCAGGAAAUUACCAGAUACCAGUAUUAUCUACAACUGAAGAAAGACAUCUUGGAAGGAAACAUACCUUGCCCAUUUGAACAAGCAAUUCAUCUUGCUGGCUUAGCUGUUCAAGCUGAUUUUGGGGAUUAUGACCAGUAUGAAUCACAAGAGUUUCUACAGAGAUUUGCCUUGUUUCCCGUGGGUUGGUUGCAAGAUGAGAAGAUCUUAGAAGAAGCAACUCAGAAAGUGGCAUUACUCCAUCAAAAAUACAGGGGCCUCACACCACCUGAUGCAGAGAUGUUAUAUAUGCAGGAAGUUGAGAGAAUGGAAGGUUAUGGUGAAGAGACCUACCCUGCUAAGGAUAGCCAAGGAAGUGACAUAUUCAUCGGAGCUUGUCUUGAUGGAAUUUUUGUCAAGCACAAAAAUGGUCGGCCUCCUGUCAUAUUUAGGUGGCAUGACAUUGCUAAUAUGACCCACAACAAAUCUUUUUUUGCAUUAGAAUUGGCCAAUAAAGAAGAGACAAUCCAGUUUCAAACUGAAGAUAUGGAAACAGCAAAAUAUGUGUGGAGGAUGUGUGUGGCCAGGCACAAAUUUUAUAGAUUAAAUAAAUGUAGCCUAGACUCCCCAGAUUCUUCGCCUGAGGAAGGCUCUCAGAAAUCUUUCCUCAUUCUUGCCUUUCCACGCUUUCCAAUCCUUUCUCGUCCUUCUCUGCCCAAAGGACAAGCUCAGACAGUGACAGUGAAUCCAGUUAGAAGGCGAUCGUCUUCCAGGAUGUCUCUGCAGUCCAAACCACAGCCUUAUAUGAUGCCACCACCUCAGUUACACUACAAUGGACACUACCCAGAACCAUAUACAUCCUCACAAGAUAAUCUCUAUGGGACUAACCAGAAUGGCUAUUACUGUCACUCUCAGACCAGCCUGGACAGAGCUCCACAUGACUAUAAUGGCAGAAUCCGCAACGGCAGUGUCUACAGCGCUCACAGCACAAAUUCCUUGAAUAACCUGCAGCACUAUAUGCAGCCAUCACCUAUGUCCUCCAACCCAAGCAUUACUGGCAGUGAUGUCCUCCAUUCCGAUUAUGUCCCAUCACAUCGGCAUAGUGCCCUAAUACCACCUUCUUAUCGGCCUACCCCAGAUUAUGAGACUGUGAUGAAACAACUAAACCGAGGAAUGAUGAAUUCAGACAAACAGAGUCAUUCCAUGAGAAAUCUAAAUAUAGGCAAUUCAUAUGCUUACAGUAGGCCUGAUGCCCUGGUGUACAGUCAGCCUGAAAUUCGAGAACAUGCUAACUUUGCUUCCCCUCAUUCUAGUCAUUACCCAUUUAACCUGAAUUACAGCUUCCACAGCCAGUCCUCGUAUCCGUAUCCUGCUGAAAGGCGCUUGGUAGUUGGAGCAGUGAGCGUUCCUGAGCUAACAAAUGUUCAGUUGCAGGCCCAAGAUUAUCCUGCACCAAACAUCAUGAAGACUCAAGUAUAUCGCCCCCCACCUCCUUAUCCACGACCCGCUAACAGCACGCCAGAUCUAUCUAGACACCUCUACAGCAGUAACAGCAAUCCUGAUCUCAUCACCCGACGGGUCCAUCACUCUGUCCAGACGUUCCAGGAGGACAGUCUGCCAGUUGCCCAUUCUCUUCAGGAAGUGAGUGAGCCUUUAACAUCAGCCCGGCAUGCUCAAUUGCAGAAGAGAAACAGUAUUGAAAUUGCUGGCCUGGCACACAGUUUUGAGGCUAUGAGGAUUAAAGAGAGAACCAUGUCAGCAUCAACUGCAGAUGUGGCUCAUCCAAAGGUGAUCCCUGCUGGAUCACAGACUUCUGUUUUCCUAGAAAGGGCAAAACGAGAAGAAAUUGAGGAGCAAGAGGACAAUGUGAGUUAUGGGCAUAAGAAAUCUCUUUCAGAUGCAACUAUGCUUAUUCAUAGCAGUGAGGAAGAGGAAGAAUGUGAAGAAGAAAACAAGGCUAAUCCAGCUCUGCCAUUCAUCAAUGAAAAACCCCAGCUUCCUUCCCUAAUGGCAUGUUAUCCAACGGAAUCUUUACUGAACUAUCCUUAUAGUUCUGUUCCUUCUCCACCUGGCCCUUUACAUAUACAUGAGCCUAAAUUGCAUAUUACUGAGACUGACAAGAGGGUAAAAGAUGUGAGUCCCUCACACAUCAUGGGUGACUCUCAGGUGCUAAGGAGAGGAGAUGGGCUGUUAACUCCAUCUGUGUCUGAGUCUGACCUAACCAUUUCUGCCCGGUAUAGAGUGCGGAAGGAUUCUGUAAAGAAGAGACCAGUGUCUGAAUUACUGUCAGGGAAGAAGAAUAUUGUAGAAGGGCUGCCUCCUCUAGGGGUAAUGAAAAAGAACAGAGCUGAAGCUAAAAAAAUGGGACCUUUGAAGUUAGCAGCUCUGAAUGGACUAACAUUAUCUCGUCUUCCUCUGCCAAAUGAGGGAAAGGAGGAACCUCCCAGAGCAACAAAUGAUGAACGGUUUAAAGGUUUGGAACAACGGUUAGACCAAGGGAUGGUGUUUACAGAAUAUGAACGGAUACAGAAGAAAAGGCUUGUGGAAGGUGACUGUUCAAUAGCCCGUCUCCCAGAAAAUGCAGAAAGGAACCGAUUUCAGGAUGUGCUUCCUUAUGAUGACACCAGAGUUGAGCUAGUCCCUACUAAGGAAAAUAAUACGGGUUAUAUCAACGCAUCACACAUUAAGGUCUGUGUUGGGGGUAUGGAAUGGGAUUAUAUUGCUACCCAAGGUCCUUUGCAGAAUACAUGCCAAGAUUUCUGGCAGAUGGUGUGGGAGCAAGGGGUUGCCAUUAUAACCAUGGUGACGGCAGAAGAGGAAGGUGGCCGUGAGAAAAGCUUCCGAUACUGGCCACGACUUGGUUCAAGGCAUAACACAGUGACUUAUGGGAGAUUCAAGAUUACCACUCGAUUCCGGACAGACUCUGGUUGCUAUGCCACCACAGGUUUGAAGAUCAAACACCUCCUCACAGGACAAGAGAGAACAGUUUGGCAUCUUCAGUACACUGACUGGCCAGAGCAUGGCUGCCCAGAAGACACAAAAGGGUUUCUGUCAUAUUUGGAAGAGAUACAGUCAGUACGGCGCCAUACCAACAGUACUGCAGACCCUGCAAUUCCCAACCCCCCUCUGCUGGUGCACUGUAGUGCUGGGGUAGGAAGAACUGGAGUGGUCAUCUUAUCAGAGAUCAUGAUUGCCUGUUUGGAGCACAAUGAGGCACUGGAUAUCCCAAGGAUGCUAGAAAUGCUGAGGCAGCAAAGGAUGAUGAUGGUGCAAACCCUAAGCCAAUACACGUUCGUCUAUGGAGUUCUUAUCCAGUUUCUUAAGAGUUCGAGGCUUAUAUAAGUUUUCUCCACUCAACUUCAAAGUCUCAUUCUUUGCAAGAGUUUACAAAAGCAGAAGUUUGCCUUCCAGGAGAACAUGCUUCUCAUGUAGUUUGAAGAUUCUGAAUGCAACUUGACAUUGCUUUUGCAGAGCAAGACAUGAAGUGCAUGGGUUCCUUCCUUCAUUCAUGUGGAAGAGGAAAGGAAUGUGUGUGGGUAUUUUGAAAUGGGAAUAUGUAUUGUAAUGUAUUGAGUGAUGUAUUGUAUUUUUAAUGUACUGAUAAGACUGCGUUACUGUAGGCACACAACUGCUGAUCCUAUGAAGACACUACUGCACCAUACUGAAAAUCAUGAUGGUUAUUUUUUUAUUAAUUAAAAGCUAUACCUAUGUAUACUUGUAGAUAUACUGUGUGUGAAAGAAGUGUGCCCUGCAUAAACAGUAGUCACAAAUGGCAUCAUUGUGCUUGAGUUUUAUACUUCAGUCUGUGUGUGUCUGUGUGUCUGUGUGUGUGUAUUAUACUGAUUUUAUAAUGGAACCAGCAUCAGCAAAAAGCCAUUAAAGGAAGCACUUAAGGCAGAGAGUGUUGGGUUUUCUUUUGCUGGGGGUGGGGCACUCCUCUGGAAGCUGCAGGCUACAGACAGCACACAAUAAAAGUAAUUGAGUUUUUUGCUCAAGAUUUGUAAAGGGAAAAAGGAUUAAAUGGAAGAUGAUAAUGGUUGGUAAAGUUUGUGGUGUCAUAAAACAAGUCGUUGGCAAAUCUUUGAAGGAAACAGAAAGAAAAUGGGAUGGCAAAAGCCAGGACAAAAAGUUACAGCUGCUCCUGUUUUAUCCUCCAACAGUUUAUUGUUGGGUCACAUUCUAGACCAAAAAGAAAAGGAAAAAGUAUUGCAAAUCCUAUAUAGCUCUUCAACACUUCAGAAGGUAAUUAUUGAUGAAGUGUAGCUUCAGAAUGAUUUAUUUAAAGAACAGUUUGCUACUUCUGGUUGAAAUCAAGCUAAAUACAGGUGAAUAUUUAAACACUUCUUAAAUAUUUAUCUAGGGAAGCAGUAUGUUUAUCUGCUUAGCAUGCUGUACUAAAUUUUCAUUUUAGUAAAAGGUUUUGAACAUGGAGUGAGUACAAAAGAACUUGGUUUAAUGUGGAAUGUGGCUAUUGGUUUGCAUAAUUUAGUAAAGUGGCUGCAAUAUUGCUUUUUGUAAUUUUGUAAUUCCCUAUCAAAGUAAAAAAAGAAAAAGAAAGAACCUUUUUGGAGUCACCAAAUUUGUUUCUCUUCUCCCCUGGAUAACAUCCCCAAAGCAGUCCCUCCAAUAACCUUGUAAGAUUAGAAAAUGUUGUUGCUGAAAGCAGAAAUGAUUACUGCUUUAACUGAGUUAUAGCUGAUGGAAAGUAUAUAUAUAUGAAAAGCAAAAAAAAAAAAGUAUUUUCCAUAACACUGUAUACUGUGUCAAAGAGAUUGGAGGGAAGGAGGGAGAGACAGACGGGGAUGGAUGGAUGGAUGGAUGGAUGGAUGGAUGGAUGGAUGGAUGGAGCGGUUGUACAGCACAGUAAGCAUAGUGUGAUACCUUGAAUAACAUGGGAGCUACUUCUUCAAAGCAGCACUAUCUGUGCCUUUGAGAUUAUUGUCUAUUGUUAAGACAGAAGUCAUAUUGAUCUGUUUUGGUGCAGACUCUAAGUAACAUUUCUUUUAAACUUUACCAAGUCUGUUCUUGUGUUAUAUCCUCUCCAGUGAGAUGUCAAAAGAUGUUUCUCAGAUGCUCUGAGUAUUUGAUUACUCUUCAUGGCAAAAAGAACAAGCAGAAAAGUCAGAUUGGUCGGUACCAGUGAUGCUAAUUUCCAGUAAGCAAACUCAGUUUUCCUUGUUUUUUUACCACUUGAGAUCUGUGUGUAUGAACCAGUUUUCCAGCUAAUUUUUACCAUGUGACAGACAGUAGCAGUUUUUGAAAAUGAUCUAUUUAAGAUGUGGGCUUUUGCCUAAAUUCUUUGAGUAAGCAUUUCAUUUUGAAAACACUAUCUUCUUCAAAAGAGCUUUUUAGCAAGUUAGAUAUCUUGCACGAACUCUUAAAGGUGGGAUGGGGCCAUGCAUUAAGGAGGGCUAAAGAUAAAUUUGGAAGCCUUUGUAUGUACAAUAUUGUACAGCAAUUUGCAGAAUGAUAUUCCUAGGGCAUUCAUUUUAAUUUUUGAAAUGCAAUAUGAUAUACAAACAUGUAGUCCAGGUCUAUCAAGGUGGAUUCCGAAUACUUUUUGAAAAUUCAAAUUUUAAUUUUUAAGGCUUGGUUAAAUUCUAUCUUUUGGCUCUUCUCUGUUCUGUGGAAAAAUAUUCAGUGUAAUUUUUCUGUAUAAUGAAACUGUUCUCUGUUUAUUUUGGCCUGGCUUGUGCAGCACAAGGUAGAAAGGGAGAAGUGGAAUUUUUAUGUUAUGGAUUAACUUAUUUCUGAGCUGAUUUGAAACAACAGUGGGUGUCAGAGCUCAAGGAUUCUGCUCUUCUCUGUCUCUCAGGUUGGAUGUCUUCUAAUAGUGAUACUUACUAAGAUGUAAGAAAGAACAGGUUGAUUUCUCUGCUCUGCACUCAAAUGACCCAUAGCCUUAAUUAGCAUGUACUAUAGAGCAAAAUGUACUGCAAAGUGUAGUCAUAUUAAACUGAUCUACAAUUAUAUGCACCUUGUUAAGUGAUUGCCAUGUGAAUGAUGACAGACUGUUGCAAGCAGUGUGAUUUAUAUGGUUGCUUUGCUGUUUGUGAUUGUAUGUGGUUUGCAGUUCUUAAAGCUAAGCUCAAGAUCAGACUUAUAAGCUAUCACACUUAUAAGCAAACAUCUUAGAUUACCUAUUUCAGUGCAAUGAAGGGAAGAGUUCAGAAAUCUUAGUGGUACAAUACUGCACUGUUCAAUCUAGGUACAAUCCAGAGAACUAUGGAAUUACUCCUUUCUUUAUGAGGCAUACUCCUUUCCUUCCUAUCCUGCAAAAAGCAAUCGUAGGUCAGGUUGCUGCAGGUAAACUCUAAUAUUAGUUUGGGCAGGAAGGAAAAUAUUUUGAAGAAUGUAAAAAAAUGGAAAGGGGAAAGGAUGCUCUCUGAAUUGUGGAUCUUGUUACUACAAUACUGUAGGGACCAGUUUCUUUGUCUUUCUCUUGCCAUUUUGCACUUUGGAAAAAUGUGCAGGUCCAAGCUGUAAUAUUGGAUAUUCUAGAUCUUUGACUGAAGCAAAGCCCUCUUGCAGUGUAUAGGGAGGAACUGGAAUCUACUUCUUUCCAACUCAAUUCUUGCUCUAUUAUUCUGAAUGUAUCCUUUGGGCAUAAUUUUCUUGAAAAUGCAUUUUAUGUAUUGAACUACAUUUACUAAAUGAACUAGUAUGUUGUUUGGCCAAAAUCAAUUGUGACAUGAUGCUGUGUUAUGAAAUGAAGAAAAUGCCACUGUGUUUGUUUUUUCCUUGAAGAAGUCCCAUGGUGCUAAAUAAAAUAGCAUUUGCUUUAAUAUAGAUGAAGCAAACCACAGUUUUGGUUAGUGUAUUAGAAUGCAUGUCUUUUAGAAAUUCCACUACUUUAUUUAGUCCUCUAAUAUUUGUUUGAGCACAGAUUGAGAAGAAAUUAUGCCUAAACAUAUGGAGGAAAGUCAUGUGCCAUUUUACUUUAUUAGAGCCACCUUUAAGCAUAUGAAGGAAGUUUGAAACAAUCUAAAAUGAACUUCUAGGUUCCAGAAUAAAAAUGAGCAGUUAGGUUUGCUAAACUAUGUUCCUAUUAAAUCAUCAUAAAAGCUUCAAAAAUAACCAAAACUUGUUUAAGCAUACUUUUUCUUUACAGACAAAAUAUAUAAAAUUGGAAAUAACAGACUUUCUUCAUGAUGCUGUUUUCUUGUAUUAAUCUUGGACCCAAAACAUGUCUGACCUCAUUUGUUGAAUUACUGUGAGACACAGUUGGAUUCAUAGACUACUACAGUGGCAUAGGAUUUAUUUUGAAUUAUUCAGGUCUGUGCUUUUUCUGCAAAGGAACUUCGUGGGCAAGAUAAAUGAACAGUGGUGCGCAUUCCCAUGUCAGUAGCAUCCUUCCAAGGGACUGAACAGCCCUUGUUUGGAAAGGACCUGCAUUAUGAACAUCAUUCAUGUCCUACCAUUACUGGAGAGACUUGGGGUUGGAGUCGAAGAAAGCAACUCCCACGUCACUCUUCUAACAUGUGAACAUGUGGAGCUGAAAGUUACUUCGGGGGGAAGGGGCUGAUAUUGCAAGGUAUGUUGUAUCUUGAAACAGAUACCUCUACAUCCCACUAGCCUUAAGAAUUAAAUCUAUGCAAGUGAAAGAGACGAUGGUUUUUACACAAUUUCCCCUCUUCUUUUUAUGUCAGUAUACAAGGAUUUUUGCAGUACCUUGCAGUAGUGUGUCUCAAAAUUCAAGUAUUAUUUUUUUAAUGUCAAGCUAAAGUGUUUUUUUUAAAACAAUAAGCUCUGUUUUGUCUCAAUCAAUAGUGUAAAAAUGUAUAAUUGCUACAGCUUUAAAUCAUGUACAGUUGAGAUGGGUUCUUAAAACAAUGUGCAGAUUAUAUUUGAUAGCAAGGGUUGUUUUUCUUUGAUAUGUAAUAUAUGUGAAAUGAAUUAUAUCAUAGUCUAUUUUUGCCAUGAAAAUAAAUAUUUGAAG